GAAAAUGACACAGGUUUUCUUACGUCUUUCUUGAAAAACUGGUCUCACUUGUUUUCCCGGGGAUUAGCUUCAGAGCUUUUUCUGAAGAAGCUAGUUCCGAGGUGAAACAAGAAGUCUACAGUUUUGUCUUCAUUUUACUGUGCUGCUCUAGAGAAGGCAGAUACUCCUGACACAGUGGAUCUUACAAUGAAUGGUUUUGGACCAGAACAAGCUGAGAGGAUCACGUUGGACAUCCUGGAGAGGAAUAAACAGAAAAAUCUAGCUGAGCAGCUGAGAAACAAACUCAAGCGAGUCACAUUCAUCAACUUUGUUCUCUGGACCAGGAACAACUUCCUACAAUUUUCCUAUCCACUCACUCUGGAUCAAAACACAGCACAGAAAAACCUCAGUCUGUCUGAGAACAACACAAGGAUUCUUUGCACUGACACAGAGCAGCUGUAUCCUGAUCAUCCAGACAGAUUUGAUGUGCAUCCUCAGGUGUUGUGUAGAGAGAGUGUGUGUGGACGCUGUUACUGGGAGAUUGAGUGGAGUGGAGAUAGAGGUGUGUGUAUAUCAGUCUCAUAUAAGAGCAUCAGCAGGAAGAGACGGGGUGAUGAAUGUGUGUUUGGACGUAAUGAUCAGUCCUGGAGUUUGUUCUGCUCUUCCUCCAGAUACUCAUUCAGACACAAAAAGAUACGGACUGAACUCCCUGUAGAGUCCGUCAGCAGAAGAAUAGGAGUGUAUGUGGAUCACAGCGCAGGAACUCUGUCCUUCUACAGCAUCUCAGACACAAUGAGACUUAUUCACACAGUCCAGACCACAUUCACUCAGCCGCUCUAUCCUGGGUUUACCAUUUAUAAAAGCUCAUCAGUGAACCUGCUGAUCAAUCAGAAUUGACUGUAGAGAGAAUAUAUGACAGAAAAAUGUGGAUCAGUAUUUCCCCAAAAGCCCAGGAAUGGUCCUCAAAUGUCUCGUUUUGUCCACAACUUAAAGAUAUUCAGUCACAGAGGAGAGAAGACACUAGAACAUAUUCACAUUUAACAAGCUGGAAUCAAAUAUUUUUUUACUUUUGUCUUUCAUAUAUUUUAUCAAUGACACAGACUGCAAUGACACAGACAGCUUCAUUGCAGAAGGACAUCCUUUUGGUCACGUGGUUCACGUGAGAUGAUUGACAGCUUUACAAACUAAUGAUAUUGCACUGAUGUGAUAGCUGAUGCGAAUCAAUAAGAGGAGAGUAAUCGCUAGUUAGCUGUUUUAGUUCUUCAGAUCGCAUAAAUCAGUGUAAAAUGAAUAGAAAUGUUAUUCUGUAUGACGAAAUAUUUUACAAAAAUGUCAUAAAAUGUGCGCACCACUGGACUAUAG